AGAAAGAAUAGAUAGAAAAAUAGAUAGAAAAAAUAUGUUAAAAUCCCGAAAAGGAUCUGGAAUUUACCGGGACACAUUAAAUAGAGAAGCCAGGGACCGGUAUGUUGACAAAAUCAGCAUUAUUAAUCAUUUGGAUCCAUAUGAAGUUCCAAACAAUGAGUGGAGCACCGACGACGACUUGUUGCCACUGUUUUGCAUAUCAGACGUCUUCGGCUACCUUGUUUGUGGUGUGAGCGCCUAUACUUCAGAACAGUUCCGAAGCUACAAGUCCUUGGAGUCUCAUGUGCAGUUCACGAAUGGGUGGGUUCAGGAGCUGCAGAUCAUAAAGCCAGCAAACAGUGGGAACACAGUAAUUCGUACAAAGGUCUUGCACUCUCAGCGCAUCAAUGAGACUCCCCUGAAGCCAUGGGUCAUCAUUGCCAACGAUGGCCAGGUUUCCUGUGCACACUGUACAUGCAUGGCUGGCAUUGCAGAGGCAUGUACACAUGUUGGGGCUCUAUUGUUUAAGAUUGAGGCAGCAGUCCGCAUCCGUGGAAAAAAGACCGUGACAGAUGUGCCAGCUUACUGGAAAAUACCAGCAGGAAUUAACAAAGUCCACGGAGAAGUCGCCCACAAGAUGGACUUUACUUCAGCAAAAGCGCAGAGGAUUGCUCUGGACAGAGUCAUCAAUGACAACAGUCCCAUGCCUGGCCUACGGACACGGGCCAGCAGACACACGCCCCAAGCCACGUUGGACGACUUGUCGUCACUGCUCCCUGUUCUUCAUAAGCAUAGGGCAGUUUGUAUGUCGACAAUGGAGACCUACUUUCACGACUAUGCUGACCCUGUCCAGCCAGCUGUGAUGCCAAAACCCCUGCAAGACCGUCUGCGUGACCCACAGUUUGAUAAUGCUCCACUAGCUGUCCUUCUCCAGCACUGUGAGACAGUGAAAGACAUUGCAGCUGUGUCAAAGGAACAAGCCAACAUCAUCAGCAGCCACACAAAGCAGCAACAUAAGUCAUCUGCCUGGUAUGGAGUACGGGCAGGGAGAGUAACUGCCUCAGCAAUGCAUGCAGUUGUUGUUUGCAACAUUGAGAAGCCGGCUGUGUCCACGGUGCGAAAAUUGUGCUACCCAACAGCACUGUUGACUACACAAGACACAAGAUGGGGAAUUGAGCAUGAGGAGACUGCAAGGAGUGUGUAUCAGGCCAAGCAAGCACCACACCACAUUGACCUGAAAAUUGAGCUGUCUGGUUUCUGCAUCAACCCUGAGUUUCCUCAAGUAGGCGCUUCACCUGAUGGAAUACUUCACUGUAUCUGCUGUGGGAAAGGCUGCCUGGAAAUAAAGUGUCCGGCAAAGCACAAGAACAACACUGUCCAGGAGGCUUGUGAUGGUGACAGGGACUUCUGUCUCCAACUUGUGGACAACACAUAUCAACUUAAACAAGGCCACAGAUACUACACACAGGUGCAGACACAGAUCUUUGUGACUGAGUCCAAAUACUGUGACUUUGUGGUGUGGACACAGAAAGAUCUCAUUGUUGUCCGAGUCAUGCCAGAUGUCAGGUUCUGGAAGUCAUGUCUGCAGAAGGCACAGGAAUUUUUCCUGAAGGUUUCCCUCCCUGAGCUCAUUUGCCGCCACUACACACAAGAUGCCUCCACACCGCAGACCUCAAGAGUUAUGGCUGUCAAAUCUCCUAACACUGUAACAGUCCCACAAGUAAGAGGGCAAAAGAGAGCGAGGAAGAGGACCACAGAACAUAAAGAGAAUACGUGGUGCGUGUGCCAAGGGCCUGAGGAACUGGAUGACAUGGUUGCGUGUGACAACGAGAACUGUGCGACGCAGUGGUUCCACCUUUCCUGUGUUGGACUUGAUGCAACCACUGCAGCAGGUGACUCCUGGUUUUGUGAUGCAUGUCUGUAGUAGCUGUCC